CUUGUGUUUUUUUACAAAGCAGACCCUGCCAGUUUGACAACCGAUUUAAGAGUCGUAUGUUGAGAGAAGAAGACACACCAGCAGCAUGCCUGGGAUCUGGAUUGUGGUUUUGAGUUUUGGGGUUUUGUUGUGCGCUGUUCCUGGUUCCACUCAGGAUUCAUCAAAGACACUGUUUUUGAUCUCAGGUCCAGAAAUGUUGCAUGCUGGGACACCGACUCCUCUGGCUGUCACCGUCCAUGGUGACUUCUCUGGCAGGGUCGUCGCUGAAGUUACACACAGAAACACCAAAGUAGCCCAAACAGAAGCCUUCCAAGGAGGUCCGACCAGGAUCCUCACACUCCCUCCUAUUUCUGCGACCAUAGCCCACGAUUCCCGUUUAAACUUGACGGUGAAUGGCUACACUGGGGACACUCUCAUUUUCACCAACACCACUACCCUGAUCUUCAGCCUGAGGAAUGUCUCCACCUUCAUUCAAACAGACAGACCAUGCUACCAACCAGGCGAUACUGUCAAAAUCAGAAUUGUGUGUGUUAAGUUGGAUAAACAUCCGUACAAAGGCAGAGUGGGGGUCUCUAUACAGGAUCCCAGUGGGAUUGUUGUUGAGGAGUGGGAGUCCAAAGAGAAUCUGGGGAUUGUGUUGCGGGAAGUCAGUUUAUCACAAGCGCCUCUUCUUGGACUGUGGGUGAUCACAACCACAGUGAAUGGUGUUACUGACAAGACAGCAUUCACUGUGGAGCAUUAUGAGCGUCCUUUUGAAGUUCUACUAAAGACACCAUCACACGUCCUUGUAGGAGAUAAAAUCUCAGGAUCAGUUAGAGCACUCUUACCAAGUGGACAGCCUGUGCAUGGAACGCUAGCUGUGUCACUCUCUUUGGUGUCUGCUAUGCACAAUGCAGAAGCUCCAUUCAUGAAAACUAAAGAGAUAUAUGGGUCAACACAGUUUUCCUUUAGUAAAGACCUGCUUCAAACCCUUCACACAUCAUCAGAAAGCAACAAAAGCAGACAUGUACAUGUUGUUGCCUGGGUUACAGACAACUUCACAGGCUUUAAAGUGAACACAACAGUGGAAAUCCACCUAAUACAGGACAUACUCCAGCUUGCAUUCCAUGAUUAUCCAGAUACACUUAAGCCAUCUUUACUCUUCUCUACAUUACUAAAGAUCUGUAGAUAUGACAGAGAACCACUCAGCCCAGAAGACCUAAUGUACUCUGCUGUGAUUGAAGUCACUCAGAGCACAUCCAGUUUUGUCAUUGAAUCUACGACUCUGACAGCUCCAGUGUCUGAGGAUGGGAACGUCCAUGUUCAGAUUCAAUUACAGGAUCAAGUAGAGAUACUUUUUAUUCAGGCAAGAUACCAGUCCAGUAAGGAGACUCUGAGGAUCUACAAAAACCACUCCUCUCCCAGUGACUCGUAUAUUCAGAUCUCACAAAUGAAGAUCUUACCGGCUCAGAUUGGAUUGCCUCUUCAAAUAAACGUGGAGAGCACCUAUCAACCAACAAAUUUUCACUAUGUGGUAAGCUCCAGAGGCCAAUUGGUGGCUGCUGGGACAAAGAAUUCCCUCGUUUUUUCUCUGACACCAACAUUGUCCUGGUCCCCUGAGGCUUUUGUCACAGUCUACAGCAUCCUCUCUGACGGAGAGGUCAUCAGUGACACAGCACGUGUGCCCGUCAACCAACACAACCAUGUCUCCAUCAGCUGGAGCAGUGUCAGAGCUCAGCCUGGUGAGCAUGUGUCACUCACUGUGAUGGCCCUUGAACCAGGGUUCCAGGUUGGAAUUGUUGUGAUGGGGAUGCAUGAUGACGCUCUGCAAGCUGACCUCGACUUAAAGGAGGAGCAAGAAUGUAAUAUAUGGAUGAUGACUAAUGGCAGACUUGAUAAGAAAAAUCAGCCCAAAGGACCUCAAAAUGAUGAACGUACCUUAAUGGUGGAGAAGUACUGGAGCCAUUGGAGGAAUACCAGUGAAUCUCUGCUGUGGUUAGACUCGUAUGUAAGUGAUAAAACGUGGACCAGUGGGGAGAUAACAGUGCCAGAUGGUGUUACUUCUCUGACAGCUGUUGCACUGGUGAUGUCAGAUAAUCUGGGUUUGGGCUUCACUCACAUGCCACAAAAGUUGAUUGUGUCCAAAGAUUUUUCCUUGUCACUGGAUGUCCCGUCACACCUCAUCAGAGGGGAGGAGAUUGUGCUGGAGGUGAAAAUAAUCAACCAUUUAGAGCACGACUUAGAGGUUAUCCUGCUUCUAGCACAGAGUGAGGCCUUUCAGUUUGUUUUGGCAGAGAGAGGAGAUGUCUCUACUCUUAAUGUGAAAAAACUCACCUUAGGGAGUCAUGUAUCUGCUGUAGCACUGUUCCCAAUAAGGCCUGUGGCUCUGGGUGAGAUGGAAAUAUCUGUGGAUGCCAUAUCUGUGGAUGCCUCUGACAGCCUUGUUUGGAGAGUGCUUGUGAAGCCUGAGGGAGUUGAACAGUCCUAUUCAGAGAGUCUUUUCCUGGAGCUGGCACCAGUGAAACACAACAACUCCAGACCCGUCUCCUUCUCCUUUCCACCAGAUGUGGUUCCAGGCAGCCAGAGGGCCCAUGUGGCACUGGUUGGUGAACUCCUGGCCUUGUCCAUCAGCAACCUCAAUUUGCUGGUCCAGCUGCCUCUUGGUUGUGGGGAGCAGAACAUGAUCCACUUUGCUCCCAGUAUUUAUGUUCUCCAGUAUCUGGACAAGUCCAACCACGACGACAAGGAGAUCAGGAGCAGGGCUCUGGGCUACAUGAAGGAGGGAUACAAGAGACAACUGUCCUACCAGCGAGAUGAUGGCUCGUUCAGUGCGUUUACAUCCAGCAGUGACUCUGGCAGCAUAUGGUUGACAGCCUUUGUUCUGAAGUGCUUUCUCCAGGCCCAGCUCUACAUGCAGGUAGACCAGAGUGUCCUGAGCAGGGCCAGGACCUGGCUCUUGAAACACCAGGGGCCCCAGGGAGAGUUCAACGAAGUGGGCAGGUUGAUCCACACAGAGAUGCAGGGAGGACUGGACGGUGGUUCAGUGGCACUCACAGCCUAUGUUCUCAUCGCACUGCUGGAGGACGAGACAUAUGCUGCCAUGUACCCAGAGAAUGUGUCCCUGGCCAGUACGUACCUGGAGGACAAGGUGUCCAGUGGAGUGGUCAGUAACUACAGUCUGUGUCUGGUGGCCUACGCUUUAACUCUGGCUAACAGUCCUGUAGCGGUGGCUGCCCUGACUGAGCUCAGCAGCAGAGCUGACUACAAAGAUGGAGUCAUGAUGUGGCGAUCCCAAGCGGACCUGGAAUCACAUGGUGACUGGCAGCCAAGCUCAGUGCAGAUCGAGAUGGCCUCCUAUGUCCUGCUGGCUCUUUUUAGCCGCGGCAGCUUCGUGGAGGGUAUCCCUCUCAUGAAAUUCUUAAGCAAGCAGAGAAACUAUCUGGGAGGCUACGGAACAACACAGGACACAGUAGUUGCCCUCCAGGCUCUGGCUUACUACGCUGCCUUAAGUGGUGCCCACUCCAUUGAGCUCAGGCUAAAUAUAUCCACCUCAACAUCUUCAGCUGUGUCACUAUUUAGCAUCAACUCCUCCAACUAUCGGACAUAUCAGACCCAGGAGAUUAAUGCUGACAAAGAUACAAGCCUGAAUAUAUACAUGGAAGGAAGAGGAUUUGCAGUGUUUCAGCUGAAUGUCUUUUACAACGUGGAGAGUGAAGCAUUUUCACAGAACCUCCAGCACACUCUGGACGAGGAGGCUUUCUCAUUAGACGUGAAUGUUAGUGAGGAAACAGACCGCGCUCACAUGCAGUUGUCUAUAUGCACAAGAUUGAAGGACAAUCAGGUGAUAUCUCAAACAGGCAUGGUUAUAAUGGAUGUGGGCAUGCUCAGUGGGUUCACCCUCUCACCUGGAGCUGCUGCCUCAACAGAUAUUAUAAGAAAAGUGGAGACACUGCCUGACAGAGUUAUCCUCUAUCUAGAUUCUCUUACCAAGUUGGAGGUAUGCGUCACACUUCCAAUCAUUAGAAAAUACAAAGUGGCCCGUGUACAGGAUUCUGUGGUGCAGGUUUACGACUACUAUGAACCAAAGAGAAAAGCAACAAGGAUGUACAACUCGAAUGCUCUGCACGACAUGAACUCCUGCUUCUUCUGUGGUGAGGACUGUGAUCUCUGUAGGCCAGAAAUGAUCAUAGUGUCGUCCCCGCUGUCAUCACACUCAGGAAAGAGGUCCACCUACAACUUGAUUUGGAUUCAUUUGUUUCUUGGAGUCAAUGCUUUUUUCAUGUAGUCUAUUUAUAACAUAGAAAAAUGAUAUUUAGACAUAGUAAAUAAACUCAGAGUGACAUAAUCUCAGCAUGCAUACAAGUUGAUAUACACUGGUUGCAAUGUGAAAUGUUUCUUUUUUUUACAAAACCUUUUUUAUGACAAAUGAUUGUAAUAUUUAGAGGGCUUUUUUUUCAUGCUGCUCUUUUGGUAAAUGCUCAUGUCAUCCACUGUUUAUGAUGAUUUGUUUGUUUUGUUUUGUUUUUGGAUAGAAUGUUAGUGAGAAAUUACUUUUCAAAUCUCAAUAUCAUAUUAAUAUGUUUUGUACAUACAUUUUGGUGUGAUACACUACAAAACAAAUAAAACAGCUUUAUGAUUCUGAAACCUGGUAUUCUCUAUCUGAGUCUACGUGCUGACUGGAAUAGAGUUGGAUGAAGAACUCAUGUGCAGUCGGCAGAAGAACAAAUGAAAUCGAUUUCUCUGUUCCACAUGCGUCCUCUUGACGCCAACUUGGCCGAAACAGCAGACAUGCUAAGCUGCCUGAAGCAAUAUAAAGGCUAAAAUAAUAUUUAUUCUACAGCUCUUUUGUACUUCCCAGCAACUUUUGGGUUGCAUAUGUUUUUCCUCAUGUUGAUUCAUAACAGUCUUGCAAAAGUCAACCAGACCUCACUGAGUUACGGUGUCAAUAUGUGGCACUGUGCCUUUCUUACCUCCUCUGCAACAAAGCUGUCAGCCAGAGGAAUUCACACUGACCUGUAGUCGUGUGCAGAGGGAGCACACAUGUCCUCACUGGAGAGUAAUCAGGUUUGACAUUGCUGGCAUAUCAUGAAAUAUGGAUGUUGUUUUAAGAUUUCAGCCUACUGUGUUCGGUUCAUGGCAUGUCACAUAAUAUUCAA